AUGGCAACUUCGUAUAAUUCUUCUACUAAACAAACCCCUCAACAAAAUACGAAUAGUUCAAUGAAUCAAUCAUUAUCUAUAUAUGUUGGAAAUCUUUCAUUUAAUACUAUUGAAGAAGAUUUAAGAAGAUUUUUUAAUGAUAUAUGUGGCAAUGUCAAACGAGUACGUAUUAUCUAUGAUAAUAAUACACAUCAAAGUCGUGGUUUCGGUUUUGUGUAUUUUAAUACAGUUGAAGCAUUUAAUAGUGCACUUCAACUUCAAGAUUGUCAAUUAGAUGGACGAGAACUUCGAAUUGCACUAGCCGAAGCAAAAAGUUCUUCAUCAUCAUCUUCUUCUGCUUCUACUAAUACAAAUACAAAUAAAUCUGCUAAUGUUACCAGUAGUGUUGUAUCUCAAACAACAAAUAAACCAAGGACAAUAGUAGUACAUUGCAAAAAAUCAAAUUAUGAUGUUUAUAUAGGUCGACCCUCGGAUUGGGGUAAUCCGUUUGUUAUUGGUAAAGAUGGUGAUCGAGCAGAUGUUAUUCAAAAAUAUCGUAGUUGGAUAAUGCGUCAGCCGGAUUUAUUAGCUCGAGCUAAAAAAGAACUUCGUGGUCAAAGAAUUGCGUGUUGGUGUAAACCAGAAGCAUGUCAUGGUGAUAUUCUUGCUGAAAUAGCUGAUACUGAUUAA